AGAGAUGCGGUCCAGACUAUUGAGAUCGAGCAGUGUGAUUUGUGGCAACGUCAGUGGUGUGAGUCUUUCUAAUUUCGAUUGAAUUUUCGCAGAAAGCCAAUCAUGAGUGAAGUUGAAGAAAGCCUGAAAAGGAUUUCAUCCCACAAAGGAGUUAUUGGCAUUAUUGUUGUCAAUUCUGAAGGUAUUCCUAUCAGGACAACCUUGGAUAAUUCCACUACUGUGCAAUAUGCUGGCCUACUCCAUCAGCUGACAGCCAAAGCCCGUAGCCUGGUCAGGGAUAUUGAUCCCCAGAAUGACCUGACCUUCCUGCGCAUCCGCAGCAAGAAGAACGAGGUCAUGGUGGCACCCGACAAAGAGUACCUGUUGAUUGUGAUCCAGAGCUCCACUGAUUGAUCUCGUUCAGUCUUGUUCAUUUUGUACAGACAGAGAAUGCCCCUUUUGCUUGUGUAAAUACCACUUUCCUUUCAACCUUUCAGUGUGAUACCCAUAUAUUUGACUGUUAGAUCUUGUAAAAGUGCACUAUUGUAUCCUUGGGUGUAGGAUCUGAUACCGGUAGAGGUUGAUAUUCAAACCUAGAUGUCAGGAUGUGAUUCUGACAGGAACAUGGCGUGAUCAAGCUGAACCUUGCACAAAAGUCGAGGCUGGUUGACACUUUGUAAAAGUGAAGUUGUGAUGUUGAAUUAGCGUCAGAUGCGAACUUCCCAAAGAAGUUAGUCCCAGUGAAUUUCUUGAAUCUUUUUGACCUUGAUUUCCUUUGGUUUUUACUUGUAAGAAGUGUGAACUGGUCUUUUUCAGAUAAAUGGUUUUCAGCCAAGUGAGAACUUUCUCAAGAUUGCAUGAAUUCCGACAUUUUUGUUUUUGCACAUUUACAUUAAUGAUUUGAUUUGCUUAUCUGUAGUCUUUUUAAUUUUUUUUUAUUUAUUGAAAACAAUACAGUUUCUUCCAUUUUUUUCUCUUAAACUAUGAAGAAGGAUUUUUAGAAAUCAGUGAAAGAAAAUAAUAGUUUGUAGUUUUGAUUUGGAUAUCUUCCACGGGUGGUGCAUUCCCUUUCUGAUGCCAACCUACCCAAUGAAAUCUUGUCUUUUGGCCAAAAUCAUAGGUUUAAAAGCAUUUAGUGGACAUAUGAAAUAGCUGUCAUUGAACACUGGAUACGACUACGGUAAUUCUUUACUGUUCGAGAUAUCGGUAAUUCAUUCAACUUUUUUUUUUUAAGCUCGGCCCAUUUGCAUUUGUGGAUGAUAAUUACAGCUUCGCUGAAUGAAUCAUUUGGAGACAGAUAUUGUUGACUUCAUUGUUAGUUUUCACGGUUUUACUUUGAUUAAAUCCACUGUAUAAGUCUUUACAGUAAUCCAAUGACAUAUUCGUUUUAUCUCAAGAAAUAAAACUCUGUGACUUAUUUGUUUUGCUUUUAACUUGAGAUGAAAUGAAGCGAAGGACUAAUUGCUUGGUGGUGUUUAUGUAUUUGGUUUGAAAAUUAUUACAAUUCUCUGUAGCUCAUUGUUGAUUUGAGUUCCCAUACACGUAUGUUGAUUGAAAUAAACCUUCAGCAUAAUCAGUCAACUAAA